CGCCCCCGCGGGGUCGAGCAGCGCAACCGGGCGCUGCAGUGGCUGCGGGACACGCGGCCGCCCGGCGAGCGCGCCGUCGUCUACUUCGCCGACGACGACAACACCUACAGCCUGCGGCUCUUCGAGGAGAUGCGCAGCACCCGCCGCGUGGCCGUCUGGCCGGUGGGGCUGGUGGGGGGGCUGCGCUUCGAGCGGCCGCUGGUGGCGGGGGGGCGCGUGGUGGGCUUCCACACGGCCUGGAAGCCCGAGCGCCCCUUCCCCCUGGACAUGGCCGGCUUCGCCGUGGCGCUGCCCCUGCUCCUCGCCCGCCCCGGCGCCCGCUUCGACCCCGCGGCCGAGCGGGGGUACCUGGAGAGCAGCCUCCUGGGGGGGCUCGUCACCCCCGCCGAGCUGGAGCCCAAGGCCGCCAACUGCACGCAGGUGCUGGUGUGGCACACGCGCACGGAGAAGCCCAAACUGCGCCAGGAGGAGCAGCUGCAGCGCCAGGGCCGCGGCUCAGACCCCCACAUCGAGGUGUGAGGGACCCCCCCUCCAAUUUGGGGACCCCCCCUGCAGCUGGGCCCCCCCCAGGGACGCGCCAGACAUGGGGACACCGCCCCCCCCAGGGUUCCUACAAGCAGGGGGGCGUUGGAUGCGGGGCCACCCGGCUUUUAUUUAUGGGGGGGGGGGGCUUCAAUUGCCCCCCCCAUCACACGGGGCCCCCCCCUUCACAUGGGGCCCCCCCAGCGCCCCCGUGGCUCCUCUGCAAUAAACUCUGCUCCUCCAA